CUUGCAUCACUUCCAACCCAGUUUUGAACUCUGUUUACUUGGCCAUCUAACACACCAAGGGCGCACAAAUGCCCACUUCACCGUGCUCCAGACAUAAAGGACCUGCUCCCGCAUGGAGGACCUCCUGCUCCGAGGACUGCAAUCCGUGUGUGUUUGUGUAUGUGUGCGUGAUUUGCAUAUAUGCAGGCCAAGUCGAGCAGCAGCCGCAGCAACAACAAGUGCAACCAAAACAAAGAUGCUGCGCUCCUGACACUGAAACCCGCACAAGGCCAAUCGACGAAAUCAGGCCACGCACACGAAUCCCGACACGGUGGCGGUGGCGAUGGCGAUGGCGAUGGCGAUGACGAUGGCGAUGUAGAUGACGUAGCGUUGCGAUGCGAUGCCCCCGGCAAUCAGCCUGCCACAGCCUACUACAGAAGGCCGGCUUUCCCAGACCCGGAGACACUGUCACUCCCACUCGUACUCCCGAACAUAUCCCAAACCCAAAAGCAGAGGUAACUGCACUCAGUCCUACACGGCGAACAAAUGCUAGCUAACACUUUUCGAAGAUAUGCCAGAUAUUAGCUACAGUAAUCUA